AGGAGGUCUUUCAACUCAUUUUUCUGGAAGCAAACACACCCAAAUAACAACAUUCGUGUAAUGAUCCGGUCACUUCUAUUCUCCGACGAGAAGAAAACCCAAAGGGCUAAAGGGAUUUUGCAGUGUAAUUUUCUCCGGCGAAUUUCCCAGCAAUCAACUUAGCCGUUAACUUAGAAGGAAAAAGGAACUGUUUCUUCUGCAAUCAACAAUAUGCCAAUUAAAUGGGUUUUGCACUGGCAGCCGAACGCAGGCGUAACAGCUAACACUCAAAUAUUGACGGAAGUAUCUCAAUGUGUUGAGAGUAUGAAUGGUGUUAAGCAAGGAAGGUGGAAAGCUACUCUUAGUUUCUAUAAACCAAUGCUCAGAGUUGAACAAGCAAAUGCGUUGGACUUUCCUCGAGAUUUUUUAGGGAUUUCACUUCAAGAACAGCCCAACAAGUAUUACUUUGUAAUAAGAGGGCAACGAUUGAUCGUAGAAGCAGAGUCAUCUAUUCAGGCGAUAAUGGAGAAGCUGCAGUCUUACAAAACGAGGGUUGCACUUAAUUUUGAGGGGUUUCAGUAUCAACUUGGUGACUUCCAGCUGCGAGUGGGAAAAGUUGUUCCAAUACACUCUGAGAACUUGAGGGGAAUAGUUAUGGAGAUGGAGUAUCUUCCGAUUUCCUCAUGGGAGAAAUCACACCAGAUUAUGGGUGAAUUCUUUGACAUAUGGCAAGAAGCUCUUGGAAAAAGAUCAUUACCAGGUCAUUUCGUGCACAUUGAACCAAAUUUUUCCGAGUUUGGCCUCUCUGAUCAAUACAUUUCACAGCACACAGCUGUACAGUAUGCUAGCAUCAUGGCUCAAAUGAUAGCAACAGCUCACUCAGCGCAAACAGGGAGAAAUUAGAUUUUACCAAAGUGUUCUGUUGACAAUGUAAGAUUUUUUUCCUUUAGCUCCAGAAGUCAGUUGCUACUACUACUACUACUGCCUUAAAUAGAAAACUAACGUUCAAGAUAGAUCAUAAUAGUAAGAAGCUAAUAGUGUUUCGUCGUUUCUUUUUUAACCUUGGCCACAAGCUGCAUAGACGAUAGAUUAUUGAUAUGAAGGAGAUCGCUUUUUGUUAAUUUUACCUUUUGUACUUUUUGUCCAGAAACAGAUUGGGAAUAUGCACAUAGAAAGUGAUGUCGAUAUACAACUAUCUUUUUUUUACUUUGCA